AUGUCAGGUCCCCCGAGGAUAUUGAUCUACGCCGAGCUUCUUUCCAAUAUACGACAAGUCUCGGUGGGAUGUUCACUGCCGUCUCCAUGCUCGGCCACGACAAAGGCAGACGUGUCUGUGGAUGGGCUGACCCUCACCAUCCGGCACGAGGAUGACCAGCAAUCGGUGCGGCUCCCCGGGCGCGUCACAGCGUCGCAGACUUUGCCCAUUCAUAUUGAAGGCGCGUUGGGCAUCUCUUGGAGGUUGCCUCUGGCUUCUGCGCCAAGUACCAUGCCGCUCCCGCGUCUGGAGGCUCAAGCAGUUCCGUGGUCGGCUAACGAACUCCAAGCGGGGUGCGCUAUGAACUGUCGGUCGUGCGGAUCUGUCAUUCUCCCAAAAGGAGUUGUCAAGGUAUGGAAGGACUUGCCGAGCGAGAACUGGGCUGAGAUGAUGGAGUUCUGGCACUGCCACAAACCUCACAGCCACGACCAUGAUGAGUCGGCCGAGGGCGACCUCGCUGGCAGAGGGUAUGGUGCCAACUCACGCAUCUCGGCACAGGCAGGCGUAGGCUUCGUGGACUUGACAUCGUUUCUAUCUCUGGAUAAGGACUGCACAAACCUUUCGACCCGCCACCCUAAAGACCUUGUAAAUUCCGGACAUGCAGACACAGCACCAAAGAACCGCGCCGCUGUUCACUGCAGCACAUGCAACACCGAGCUGGGUGUCCUCCACGAGGACUUGGUGUCGGCCACUCUGUUCAAGUGGCAGCUGUCCACCUCUGCACAGCCCCAGCCCAGUCUCGCCAACUGUGUGAGCUCGAUGCUGAUGGCGACGCUCGCACGCUCCGGCUGCUCCAAAUCGAUCAUAACACCGGCGGGAGAUCCGUCCCCGUCCGGGCCGCUCUUGCACAUAUGGCUGUUCAAUAGCAACAUCAGCUUCACGUCGACAGAGCUGGGGGGUGAUGAUUCUGUUUCCGCCAUCAAAGUCCUGUAUCGUAUGAUUGGCAGGGAUGAGGCAGAUCGGAUAAGCGAGACCUUGACGUCAGAUGUCCAAGAAAUCUCCCUGCCUCGCCCGGCUGUGGAAGGGACCAAAGGACUUCUACAACAAAGCAGUGCGCUCUUGCCAGUACGCGAUCGGCAGUUCAAGGAGUGGACUGUAGGGUUGCUGGAGAAAUGGCAGGGCCAGAUUUGA